GAGCUGAGAGCCGCGGGACACCUCGGAACUAGAGGCCCGGCAGCCCCAGGGAUGGUAACCUGGGUAUCCACUGCACAGGCUGUGUCCGAAGCAGCAAACUCGGACACAGGUGACUGUGGGCUGUCUCCAGUCUCCCUGUCGCUUGCUGUGGUGCGUGCGGGUGGGGUCAGCCGGGACCCCUGAAGCGUGGAAGGGGGCUCUGACCAAGUUCAGAAAAGCGUGGGGGUGAAGCCAGAAGACGUGGUAGCACACGCCUGUGAUCUCAGGAUUUGGGGGGUGGAGGCAGGAGGAUAAGCCAGUCAAGGUCAUCCUCCGCUGCCUGACAUUGGGUUGCGAGAGACCCAUCGGAAAGAAAAAAGAAAGAAGGCCCGGAGUGUCCUGAAUCGCUCGGCCUUUCCAGGCCCGCUGGUCUUGGGAAGAGGCUGCUUCUGUUUAAAAGCGAGAUUGCAUGAGUUUCUGGUGCUUCUGUGAAAUAUGUCUGAAUUCUUAGGACACCGGCUUAAUUUCCUUCCCUCUGAAAGCCCUCUGUGAAAAUGUUUCAUUCACGAGGAUGAGGAAUUCAAGGCCAGCCUGGGCUACAUUGAGACCCUGUCUGAAAAGUAAAAAAGACAAAAAAGAAUGAAUUAUUCAUUGCUCUGGGUCUGAGAAUUUCCCUACAUUUUCAGUGAGCGGAGACCUGAUCAGAGGAUUUCUCUUUUAGUGCAGUGCAUGAUGACCUGGGUGCAUACUGAAGUCUCAGUUGCCAUGUUUUGCAGCUGAUUUCCCUAUAGUUUGGAGGAGGACGUACUUCUGUGUAAGCUGCCUCCCACCUCUCACACUUUGUGUGUUGGAAAGCCGGGUUGCAUGUCAGAAGAGAGAAAUGGGAUCCUCUGGUUUUUAAAAUUUGGAAGCUCUGAGGCGGUUUUGAUCUCAUCCUGCAACUCUCCCUCCAGCCCUAGUCUCUGUGAACUGCUUCUCCAGGGCAUGAUCCUUGAGGAGGGACAAGCCGGUUCUUGCAAUUCUAGAAUCAUGGCUCAUAGUGAGGUGAUGUUCAGAGAUGUGACUGUGAACUUUUCUCAGGAAGAGUGGGAAUGCCUGAAUUCCUAUGAGCGGGAUCUGUACAAAGAUGUGAUGUUAGAGAACUACAGCCACCUGGUGUCACUGGCAGGAUGUUCCAUCUCUAAGCCAGAUGUGAUCACCCUGCUGGAACAAGGGAAAGAGCCCUGGAUGAUUGUGAGGGAUGAGAAGAGAAGGUGGAGCCAAGAUCUGGAAACCAGAUAUAGCAGUAAAGUGUUGUUUGAAGAAAAGAAUCUUUCUGAAAUUAAUUUAUCUCCAUGGGAAAUAAUGGAGAGAAUUAAAAGGCAUGGCCUCGGAGACUCCUUUUUUGGGAAAGAAUUUGAAUAUAAAAUGUUUAAAGAACAAGAGGGUUCUCACAGGGUAUAUUUCAGAGAAGUGACAAAAAUCACCCCUGGAAAAAGACCUAUGUACAGAAAACGCUCAUCUGUUGGUCUCUAUAAGAAAAAUCAUAACAGAGCAAAGCCCUACGAAUGUGGGGAGUGUGGAAAGGCUUUCAGAGUCCGCCAGCAACUUACUUUCCAUCAGAGAAUCCAUACCGGUGAGAAACCCUACGAAUGUAAAGACUGUGGAAAAGCCUUCAGACAGUGCGCCCACCUCAGUCGACAUCAGCGAAUUCACACAUCUGAUAAACUCUAUGAAUGUAAGAAAUGCGCGGAGAUCUUCACGUGUAGCUCAGACCUCCGAGGACAUCAGCGAAGUCAUAUUGGCGAGAAGCCGUAUGAAUGUAAAGAGUGUGGGAAGGCCUUCAGAGUUCGAGGACAGCUUAGUCUCCACCAGAGGAUCCACACGGGCGAGAAGCCCUAUGAGUGCAAGCAGUGUGGGAAGACCUUCAGGCAGUACGCGCAUCUUACCCGGCACCAGAGGCUCAACGGUGCUGGCGUGCACUACGCGUGUAAGGAGUGUGGCCAGGCUUUCCUGUGCAGCACUGGCCUGCGGCUGCAUCACAAACUGCACACAGGAGAGAAGCCGCACAGCUGUAAGGAGUGUGGGAAGGCCUUCCGUGUGCGGCAGCAGCUCACCCUCCACGAGAGGAUCCACACAGGUGAGAAGCCCUUUGACUGUAAGGAGUGUGGGAAGACCUUCAGCCGCGGGUACCAUCUGACGCUCCACCAGAGAAUCCACACCGGUGAGAAACCUUACGAGUGUAAGGAGUGUCAGAAGUUCUUCCGCCGUUACUCGGAGCUCAUUUCCCACCAAGGUAUUCACAUUGGGGAUAAGCCGUAUGACUGCAAGGAAUGUGGGAAGGCCUUUAGACUCUUCUCACAGCUGACUCAACACCAGAGUAUUCAUUUUGGUGAGAAGCCCUAUAAAUGUAUGGAAUGUGAGAAAACUUUCAGACUGCUCUCACAACUUACUCAACAUCAGAGCAUCCAUACGGGUGAGAAACCUUACGGCUGCAAGGAGUGUGGGAAAGCCUUUCGGCUCCAUUCAUCACUUAUUCAGCAUCAGAGAAUCCAUUCUGGAGAGAAACCGUACAAAUGUAUGGAGUGUAAGAAGGCCUUUAGACAACACUCACACCUCACCUACCACCAGCGAAUUCACAAGGAUUCUUAA